CAGAGUCGUGCAAAGAUGGAGGAGCAACCAGACUUGGCCAUCUCGGUCGAUCUGGGAACCACCUUCACAGGUGUUGCCUGGAUGAGGCGAGGAGCUCCCAUCCAGAUCGUCAGCGACUGGCCCGGUAGCGACGACCGAGGUGAUCGCAAGGUGCCGACGACGCUGAUAUACAACGCCGACGGGAGCAUAUCAUCCUGGGGCUUCAUGUGCGCCGACGACGACGACACUUCACCGGCCAAGACGCGCCGCGACUUCUUCAAGAUCUUCCUCGAUCCGGACAUGCUCGCCGGUGCUCAGCAGCAGGGUCUGUCCAACGCGCCUCGCAGCGUCGACGAGGCUCGCCAAUUCGUAAGCGACUACCUCGGAAAGGUAUACGCUCAUCUCAAGGACAGCAUUGAGAUGCGCAUGGGUAUCAAACACGUUGGGGGUUGGAAGCCAAUGGCUGUGACCUUUCUGUUCAGUGUACCGACCACUUGGACGAGCAUGGCCAUCACCAAUGUCUUCAAGGGCGCCAUCCACGACGCCGGCUUUGGUAUCGAGGGUCCGCGACACUCGGCUCUUGUAGAUCUCACAGAAUCCGAGGCCGCAGCCGUUGCGACUCUCAAGACCGGCGCCAUCGACCUCAAAACAAACAACAUCUUCCUAACCGUAGACGCAGGUGGUGGAACAACAGACCUAGCCCUCAUGCGCGUCACUUCGACAGAUGCCAACUUCCCGCGAAUGUCCCCAGUUGCCGCUGUCAGCGGCGUGGGCGUAGGCUCAUCCCUCAUCGACCGUGCCUUUGCCAGACUCGUAGCCCAGCGGCUAGCUGCAAAUCCAGACUUCAAACUACCCGUCGACUUUGCAGUGCGAAUGGCCCGAAGCCCCGGCUUCAAGAGUGUCAAGCACAAGUUUGGCGAGCGGGUGUACAUGCAGCAGGUAUACAAGAUCCUCAUGGAGGGCGUGGGAUUUGACGUCAACCAUGCUGGUCUCCAAAUCGAGAAUGGACGGAUGCUAUUUUCCUUUCAAGAAAUCCAGGCCCUAUUUGACGUCCAAAUCGAAGCCAUCACCAGGCGGAUAAGAGAGCGGCUCGACUGGCUUGCAGAAAAGGGGCAUAGGGAACAAGUGGAGUAUAUCAUCCUCUCGGGAGGCCUAGGGAGCUCAGCGUACGUGCGCGAGAUGCUCCAACAACAUCUAACAAGCCUCCAACACCCGAACGCCCGCAACAUCAUAGUUAUCCCCUCACAAGAGCCACAACUCGCCGUUGCCCGUGGCGUCCUUGAAAACAAGAGGCAGAUGAUGGAACCGGGCAACAAGUCUGUCCUCUCAAAUUGGAUUGCCCGCGCAAGUUACGGCGUCAUAGUCCAAGAGGUGUACUCGCCAGCCAAGCACUUUGACGAGGACGUCCGGGUAGAUCCUUUUGAAAGAGGCAAGAAGUGGGCAAUAAAUCAGAUCCAGUGGUUGAUCAAGAAGGGGGACAAGGUCAGCCCUGAUACUCCCAUAGUCCAUAGCUUCGAGAUCAGGUUGAAGGAGGGAGACACGACAAGAGCUUGGAACGCCGAAAUUGUCGUCUCUAACAACGAAUCAGACUGGCUACCCCGAAGCCUCAGGCAAGCCGGGGCAAUGAGGCUCUGCUCGGUAAGGAGUAACCUCGCCGGUAUCCAACAGCACCAGCUCGUUCUCAAGGAGAAGCGAGGAACCUGCUUCCGUCGUGGUGUCAAGUUCUACAUCUGCCGCUUCGACGUCCGUGUUAUCGUAGCCCCAGCAGAUCUCAGGUUCGAGCUAUGGUUUGGCGGCACAAAGUUCUCGGGCAAUCAUCAGCCCAUCGCUGUCCAGUGGAACGCUGCAGGGGAGCAAAUGUAG